AACAGCCAAGUCAUGGUUCGUCAACAAAAGAAAAAAUUUGAGUCCAAAAUGGCUCCCAAAUACGUAUAAAUCAGCCGCCUCUCUAAAUGCCCCGUUCACAAUGGAACAUUCACUUCGACUUUAUACCGAUAUCAGCAUCUUUUGUCUUCAUUAACUUUUCGAAGCACGAUAUGUGCCUAAUCUUUUCUCUUCUCAAGUCGAUAUAUUGCCCCCUAUAUAAGCAUGGAAGGGCGAGCACGGCACAUGUCAAUAAACAGCGGCGUGUGUGACUUGGCUGAUCAGCUGAAUAUCAUCGUUUAUUGUUUGGCUUUCAAAUCGAAUUCCAUUGUCUGUAGUUGCUCAUUCCCACAUCAUCGAGCUCGCGCUCGAGGUGUCCGUCAUCACGAAUCAAAUGUCGCCUAGACGGCAUUGUUUGUUCCCCUUAGAGAUGAUCGAGCGCUCUCUAAAGCCAUUCCUUUCCAAAAUCCAUGCGGGUUACUUCAGGAUAAGUCUGUCUUUGUGUAGCCAGGCCUUGCUUUGGAGGUCCUUGGGCGAGCCGAUAGCCGACACCCACAGCACCAUCCGCCGCAUCUUCCAUGUAGUACCCUCCACCGCCUUCACGCUGCUCUGGUCGUUGGCCUUGCUCACGUUGGCGCUACUAUCCUUUGCAUACGUCCUAAGGUGCCUAUUUCACUUCGAGAUGGUGAAGUCCGAGUUCUUGCACCACGUAGGCGUGAACUACUUGUUCACGCCAUGGAUUUCAUGGCUCCUCCUCCUCCAAUCAUGCCCCUUCAUUGCCCAGAAAACCUCGCCGUACCAUGCCCUUUGGUGGAUCUUUGUAGUACCGGUGGUGGCGCUCGACAUUAAGAUAUACGGGCAAUGGUUCACGGAGGGUAAGAGGUUCCUAUCGACGGUGGCGAACCCGACAUGUCAACUGUCGGUGAUCGGGAACUUGGUAGGGGCAAGGGCGGCAGCCCAAAUGGGGUGGAGGGAGAGCGCGAUAUUCAUGUUCUCGUUAGGGAUGACACAUUAUCUCGUAAUAUUCGUCACGCUCUAUCAAAGGCUCGCGGGGAACAAGGGCCUGCCGGUGAAACUACGGCCGGUUUUCUUCUUGUUUGUCGCGACCCCGAGCAUGGCGAGCGUCGCUUGGGAUUCCAUCUCCGGAAGCUUCGACGAUUCAGCCAAGAUGCUCUUCUUUCUGUCACUCUUCCUCUUCAUGUCCCUGGUGACGAGGCCGACCCUGUUCAAGAAGUCGAUGAGGAAGUACAAUGUGGCAUGGUGGGCGUACUCGUUCCCACUGACGGCACUAGCCUUGGCGUCGGUGGAGUACGCGCGGGAGGUGAAGGGCGGGUUCGCCCACGCGCUUACGCUCAUCCUGUCCUUGCUCUCCGUCAUUGUCCCUCUCUCGCUCAUGGUCGUCACCGCCGCCAACACCAAGGCGCACUUACCAGCCGAUCCGCCAAACGACGACGUCUCGAGCCCAACGCCUUGACCCCUUUUUUUUUUUUUCUAGACAACGCAGUACGACUUGGAAUAUUGAUUGACCAUUAAUAUUAUUUUGACAAUAUGUAAGGCUUUGCCGGAACAUUCUAUGGCGGGCCCUGUGUAUAUAAGCUAAAUGAAACGUGA